AUGAAUAUCUUCACAAGAGAUGAACAAGAAAAGUUAGGAGAAUAUGGAAUCCGACUGGAGAAAACGUGGAGUCAAGAUGAUCAGGUAGAGCUCUAUAAAGCAUGGGGUUCACGUAUUGUUAAGGGAAUUCUUGAGUCUCAAGCAAUUCAGAUCAUCUGGUUGUACAAAGACACAUUCAUGGCCUUGGACGAGAUGGAAGUGAUGGUCCAGAAUUCAUUGAGUAAGGAAUACAAAGAUCUCACCCAAGAACUGGUUACAUCUAUCAAAUCAUUAGAUGAAGAUUUCGAUUCAUUAGAGAAACUUUGCGAUAGUCAAAGACAAAUGAAUUAUGGGAUUUACGAUCCACUGAACGAUGAAUCGAUUUCCGACGAAGUGGAUGGGAUAAUCUUUUGGGUAAAACAUCUGAUCAUACCUUUCAAUCCCAAUGUGACCAAAAAAACAGACAUGCCAUUCUAUCUCGAAAUGAUUUCAACAGAAGAGACUCGCAAGUCUCAAAGCAAUCUAUCAAUCUUAAUUGAAGAAACUGAUGAAAACCUCUUAGACUCUAUCAUGGAAGAAUUCUUGAUAACCUCAAAACGCUCAAACGAUCAAAAGAAUGUGAUUUUCAGGUUCCUAGAGUUUGCUUUAACACAAUCAGAUGAUGAAGAUUUGAAUUCAAACUUACGAGGAGCGCUGGGGGUGAUGCUUAAAGAAGCUGAACAGGCUAGGCAUGCCUAA